GGAGGCGGGGCGAGGGUGGAUCACAUGGUCGGAACUCCGGCGUGUUGACAGCGUGAUGACAAGUUGCGCCGGCGUUGCUACGUACUGACGUCGCCGCCCCUAGUUACCCCGUCGCUCUGAGGAGGACAAGAUGGGUCUUCUAUCAAUCUUGCGAAAAUUGAAGAGCGCCCCUGAUCAGGAGGUUAGAAUUCUCCUUUUGGGUUUGGACAAUGCAGGGAAAACAACGUUACUUAAACAGCUAGCUUCGGAAGACAUCAGUCACAUCACACCCACACAGGGAUUUAAUAUUAAAAGUGUGCAGUCUCAAGGUUUCAAAUUAAAUGUGUGGGAUAUUGGAGGACAGAGAAAGAUAAGGCCGUAUUGGAGAAACUACUUUGAAAAUACUGAUGUGCUUAUAUACGUCAUUGACAGCGCAGACCGAAAAAGGUUUGAAGAAACAGGGCAGGAGCUUGCUGAGCUUCUGGAUGAAGAGAAGCUGAGUGGUGUUCCCGUUCUCGUAUUUGCCAACAAGCAGGACUUGCUUACAGCUGCCCCGGCAUCAGAGAUUGCUGAGGGAUUGAAUCUGCACACAAUUCGUGACCGUGUUUGGCAGAUCCAGUCUUGCUCUGCACUUACAGGAGAGGGUGUGCAGGAUGGAAUGAACUGGGUCUGCAAAAAUGUCCAUGCAAAGAAGAAAUGAAACUGCUCCUAAGCACAAAGAAGGGAACCAAAAGAACCAUUCCCAACUUGAUGACACUAAUUAAUCGUUCCUGACCAAACUCUUCACUAUCAUUCACAGUUUUAACUAUGUACCAAGAAGAAACCUGGAAGUCCUGUAGCUCCAAUACACUACCUGAAUUUCCACAGCACUUUUAUAAAUACGGUAUUUGUCCUGUGAACGUUGCUACGAUACAUCAGUCUGUGUAUCUAUUGUACUAUCCUUCUGGAGGUGGUGUGCUACAAAUUUCAUGGACUGAUGUGCAAUAAUAACUCUUGUAGAACAUGCCUUUUUUUUUGCUGCAAGGUUUAAAAUAAAUUAUAAUUGUCGCAAAUGGGUACACGUUUCGAUCAUCAAGCUUAGUGUUUCCUUUUAUAAAACUUAUCUCCCAUCCCUUCCUUUCAUGUUUUGAAAUAAUCUCUUCUAUUUAAAAUUGUACUGAUUUGUGUGCCCCUUUGCAGAGAACUGUAUCCACUUCAUUGUGUACCAUUAAAUAUAUAUUUUCUUAAAUGGAACUGGAAUGAAUUGCACAAAGGGAAUGUUUUGAUUUUCCUUGUACUCAUCGUUGUGCAAAGUCCUGGUGCACCAUUGCUCCAAACCUUGAAGUUGUCACUAGUUCAAACUAUGGAGGCACAGAAUGUCUGGGAGUGGGUAGAUGCAGUUCAGGCUGAUUAUGCAGGUACUUGUAAAUAAACUCAACCCAGAAAUGUAGCAGUGCAUUUAUCAAAAGGUGUUUUACAAAACAAGCUAGUCCAAGGUCAUAGGCAAGUGUUUGGAUUAGAUGAGAUGCCUCAGUUAUCACUUUCUUCAUCUACAGAUUUUACAUGUAGAAUUCAUUUAUCAUGGACUCAGUUUGAACCCCUGGUUUGAAAUGCAGCAAGGCAUCGGCUGGCCCGACUUGGAUUGUAAGCAGGGAGGCUCAGCAAAAUUAAAUUUCUGGGCCUCGUUAAUUGCCAACUUUGCAGGAAAUGAUUGCUUAGCUGUUAAAUUCAGGUAGUGGGUCCACAAUUGGCAUUGGUAUUCCAGGAGGGCAAAUCCUGAUCUUGAGGGAUCCAAGGUUUCUACUAAGAAGGAGGUACUUAAAUUUGACCCUUGCAUUUCAGUCUCUGACUAUUCUGUGUGUUGAUUACUUUGUUAUCGAAAUUUAUGUGUGUUUUGACUGAUUCCUUAACUAUUUAUUUGCUAUAAUUCUGAUCAGAACUUCGAGCAAUUUUCAGUGUACAUGGCCACUGUCCUGCAUGAUUUCAAUAGGAGGGAGCCACCUUUUUUAAAUGUAGUAGGUUUUAGUAACCUUAACUAGCUUACUUGAAAUGUUAAAUAUUGUUGGACCUCAUUGUGAAUGGCAGCGGUUGAGGGGGAGAGGUGUUUUAGACCAGAGUAAAACUCAAGGGACCUUUUUAGCUGCACAAGUCUUUGUGCACAACAACAGCCUAACUGCAAUUCAGGCCUUAGGUUAUUGUUGAUAUUGGUACGCAAGUAUCUUCAUUCUUGAGGGGAAAUGGCACAUCUCUAAUUUCAAUUGGAUUGAAUAAAAUAUAUGUUUAAUUUGCAACAGUUACCGAAUGUGUGAGAUUGCCAGAACUUUUUAAAGUUGUUUUGAUCUGCGUGACGAUUUUUAGUUUUGCUUACUUCCCACUCUCUUCCAGUCAGCAAGGAUACCCUGCUUGUUCACGAUACACUAAAUGACACUACUGUAUAUUCACAAUGCCUAUUAAGAUUGCAAUGAAGGCAGACAUCCUUAAAAAAAACUGAACUGAGCUGUACAGCGCUAGCUUAGAAAAUGGUUUCUAGUUUGUCAUAACCUAUUGAAACAUUCAUCAAACAUUUUGUGGCAUUGUCGUGCAGAUUUGUUCUGACUUCAGUAUAUUUCUCUGGAAGCGUGAUCUCUGUGAAAGAAACCCUGAUUGACGCAAUCCCCUAGAUUUUCUGCAUAAUAAAAUUUUGUGAUGCUGAUGAAAUCUGAUAGUGUCCAAGCUUUAACUUGGUUCUGAGGGGAAAUAAGCAAUUGAUAUCGAGGACUCCAGAGCCUACAGCUGAUGCUGUAACCAUGGUGGACACAACUUGUUUUCAGUCUUGAAUAGGUGAUCAGACGUAUUAAAUGGUCACGUGUAUGUGUGAGAGACAGUUCUAUAUAAUGGCACCUAGACCCAAAUCUUGUAACAGACCAAACUGAGCUUUAACUUGGUCUUUUAUUUCCAGUAUUAUAAUAUUAUUCCUAUUGAAGUAAUAAGUUUAAAUUGUAGAUGAAAAAUAAACAGCUGUGAUUUUCUUUGUAUGAAGUAAAGUAGAUUUCACUUCAUUUGAUCCCUCUUUAGCCAUGUUACUAGUAUGCUGUUUUGCUGUAGUCUGUACUGUUUUUAAGUUGAAGUGCACUCCCUAACUCCACAGUUUUUGGGUCUUGCUUUUAUAAUUGUAUCUUGUUCUUUAUUAUCAUUCACCACUAAUGAAUAUUUUAUGCACAAGGCAUCAAGAUUUUCUUUGUUAUCCAUUGCAUUGUUGCUUCUCAUAAAUGUUUAGAGUUUGGAUAAAAUCAUUCUAAAAAUUUUCUAUCCUGCAUCCCAUUGGCUAGACUUUUCAAUACUUCAUAAGGAAUUUUAUUUACAUAGAAGUAAGUGUGCACCCAUAAAUCAAUGUUAACCAAACUGUUUGGUAGUAAAGAAUAUUUGAAGAAACAGGACCACUGCAGGUGCUUAUUAAUGGCCUCUGCUGGCUGUUUAAGAGUCAUGAUACUCAAAAUGUCCCAAUAACUGUCCAUGUGCCUGAUAUGUUAGGUAUGAUUCUGGUGGCAGUAGUUUGCUGACAAGCUCAUUUUUAAAGAUUGAGGACCAAUAUCUCUACUGUUAUUAAGUAUAUUAAUUGCACGAUUUUGCUCCAUUGCCAGCAAUAACAGGAUGCAACCCUUCAUAUAUGUGCUGUUUGGUUUAAUAUUUAGUCUGUAAAUGUUGGAAAUCAGAGAACAAAAAACUGGAACUGAACAACUGGUCAGUCAACAACAAAGUAAAAACAGGUUGCCUAUAGUUGGGAUAUUUUUUAAAAAUAUUCUUAUCGACUGCAUGGCUAUAUAACUCUAGAUUUUUUUGAACCUGUAAAACUAAUCUAUGACUGAUAAUUGUCCACAAACACCUAACUUUUAAAUUCAUCAGUUUCCAUGAAGGACAGAUUUCCAUUUUAGUCAAUGCUUGUGCGAUCUUGGGAGUCCUUUGAGUUUAUAAAGUUGCUGUCAAACAAUAUACAAGGACACAAUUUCCCCACAAUUGCUGAAAAUAUUUAGAUUUAUUAAACAUCUAUUGCAUCUUGCAGAAAUAUCUAUCAACCACUUUACACAUAUGGGCUUCACUGAUUUUUGUAACCAGUUAAUGUGAUCUGAACAGUUAAGCUUAUUCUAAAGGGACAUAGGAUUGGUCUGGUCUGAUUCUGUGGUGGAUCAGUAUCUGUACCAGUGACCUGUUAUUUAAGGCUCUGGUAUGUGUAAUGAUUAUUAUUAAAGUAUGCUGAUCAAAGCUAAAGUGCUGAUAGAAAAUGAAACGCUCUCAAUUUGGAGAAGAAAAGAAGCUUUCCACAUCUUAAUUGUUUAGGUCAGCUUUAAUUCAGUGGCUUCCUAAUUGUAGACAGUCAUGUGGCAAUAGUCAGUCAGUUGGUUUCAGAAUGCAAACUGGCCAAUGCUGCUUUUCUGCCCUGUUGCUUAUCUGAAUUCUCAUACCUAAUCCCCUCUAGCAAGUAACAUGCAUUUCAUUGGGUUAGAUAGUUGUAGACCUUCUCUGACUGAAAUCCACAUUUUUGUUAUAAAUUCAGUAUCACUGUUGUAAUCCUUCACCUCUUAAGGUUAACCAUCUCCCAAUUUACACUUGUAAAGGCUGUCACGUUCAUUUUGAAAAGAUGUAUGAGCAGGAGCAGGUGGGGCGAAGGGUAGUUUUAAAGGUUAACAUUUCGAAGAGAAUAAGAUAACAUUUAAUUUUGUGUAUUGCCCAAUGCAUUCUGAGUGAUAUUGUACUUCAAUCUUGUUUAAGUACAGUGUCACGUUCCAAUGUAACUUGGAUGGAAUGCAUUUUUAUCAAGAAGUUCCUUUCCAUUUCCUGCUACAUUACUUUUUAAAAUAUAUGCUUGGUAGUUAAGUCCUUGAGUGCAUGUGUUUUGUGUUGGUAAAGAGUAAAUGAUCGUGAACCUUUAAAAUGCAGUCAUCUUGCAUUCUUUAUUUGGAUGUAGAUAUUCUAUCUAUGGUUAUUAAGUUCAUAUUGUUAUGGUGUUAUCAGCUGUUUUCAGCUUUUAUAUUUUUUCAUUAGUCAAAGCAAAUAAAGAUACUGGUAUUUUGUCAUAGUCCAUACUGUACACAAUGUAAUUCAAAUGCAAAAUGUCUUGUUCAUGGAAUAAAGACUAUUUAAUAGAAA